GAACCUUUAGUUUCGUUUCAACCGUAUUUGACCGACAUAUUCCGACAGGCGUUCGAGCCGUUCCGAAUAUAAAAAGGAAGUUAUUGGAUCAAGUUGACAUAGGCCUAAUGGGGAUGGAAAGAGUAGCAGUUUUAACGUUUGCUCUUUUAGCAUUUUCACAUAUUGACAGCACUGAAGUAUCGAAACCUGAACAAGUUCAUCUAUCAUAUGGGCGUAAUGCCAGUGAAAUGGUUGUAACAUGGAGCACUCAGAACGUGAAGAGUGAUUCCAUUGUUAAAUAUGGACUCGAUUCUGGAUCUCUCAACAUGGAGGCCAAAGGAUAUAGCACAAAAUUUGUUGAUGGUGGACAGCUGCAUCAUACACAGUACAUACAUCGAGUGAGAUUGAUAAAUCUUAAACCAGGGCAAACAUAUUACUACACCUGCGGAAGUUCCUCUGGGUGGAGUGCGGUGUUUUGGUUCAAGGCAAUGCGUGUGGACAAGGAUUGGUCUCCAAGUAUAGCACUGUAUGGGGAUAUGGGAAACACCAAUGCUCAGUCACUUCCAAGACUUAAAAAGGAAGUAAAUAUGUAUGAUGCCAUUUUGCACAUAGGUGAUUUUGCUUAUGAUAUGUUUAUGGACAAUGGUACAAUUGGUGAUGAAUUUAUGCAGAAAAUCCAAACGGUAGCUGCUCACUUGCCAUAUAUGACCUGUCCAGGCAAUCAUGAAUCUACAUACAAUUUUUCCAACUACAAAAACCGAUUCACAAUGCCCGGAGAUGAAGACAGUAGUAACAUGUUUUACAGUUUUGACAUGGGUCCUGUUCACUUCAUAUCCAUAUCUACGGAGUACUACUUCUUCCUCCAGUACGGAGUCAUACAAGUGGUCAAGCAAUUCUAUUGGCUGGAACGGCAUCUCAAGGAAGUUACCUCACCUGCAUAUCGAGCCAAACAUCCUUGGAUCAUAUUGUUUGGUCACCGCCCGAUGUACUGCUCCAACAAUGAUGCUGAUGACUGCAGCCAGUUCGAGAGCCGCGUCCGCUGUGGGAUUCCCUACCUCCACUGGCUGUGUUUGGAGAAACUGCUCUACAACUAUGGUGUGGAUGUCGCAUUCUGGGCCCACGAGCAUUCCUAUGAAAGACUCUGGCCUACAUUUGACAGAAAGGUUUAUAAUGGCAGCAUAAAAGAACCCUACACUAAUCCAAGAGCACCUGUUCACAUUAUUACUGGAUCAGCAGGUUGCAAAGAGAGGCACGACAAGUUCAUUAAGCACCGACCUGAAUGGUCUGCAUUCCGCAGUGAUGAUUACGGAUACACCAGAAUUAAGAUUCUCAACAGCUCACACCUUCAGUUACAGCAAGUAUCUGAUGACCAGGGUGGCAAGGUCAUUGACGAGAUUAUGAUAAUUAAAGACAAACAUGGACCCUACUGAACAGUUCUUGGGAGAAUCCAUAAAAUACAACACGCAAAAGCAGCUUGUAAAAAUCAUUUUUUUAAUUCAAUUGUCAUUUAGCAAAAAGACAAUGUUUGAUUUUGGAUAUUCCAAGCUUUUUCUUGUUGUUUAUAUUUUUAAAAGUGUAUAUCAAACCUGUGACUUUAUAUCUUUUAUAAUUUAUAAUUGAUUGAUUGUGUUCGUAGUAUAACAGGAUUUGAUGAAAGGAAUGUAUAGGUUGUCCAAGAAUUUAUUCUGGCUUGAGAGAUUUUAUUUUUAAAUAAUCAUUAUGCAGUGUUAGGCUACAUAGCAGAGAGCAAAGAGAUAAAGAUGGACCAAGGCUGUUUGGCUAAAGUUUAUAUUUGUUUUGUUAAUUUAAGUUUUUUUAUAUUAUAUUUUAAUUGUAAUAGUAGUCUGAAUGAUAAGUGAAAUUCACUUUUUGUUUAUUUCAAAUAUCUUUGCUAUAUUCUUUAACUUUAGUUAUGAUAAAAUGCAUUUUAGUUUCAUAAUAUACAUAAAUUCUGCUUCUGAAAAAAACCCCAUCAUAACCCACCAAUAAAGGAGGCAGUUGUUUCAGCUUUUGUUUCAGAAACAUUCCAUUUCAUGCACAUAUCUAACGGAGUGUUUAGAAUCUCAAAUUUAUUCAAGAGAACUUUUAGUUAUUUGGCUUAUUUUGUUUAAGGAAUAAACUACUUUUAAAACAAAAUCUCAUUACUUGAUCUUGCUUUCUGGAAAAUGGAUUGAACUUGUCUUUUUUUGUGAGUCAUUUUAUUACAAUUUGUUAUGUAUUUUAAGGAUUUUAAAUGUCUGUUUAUAUGCCUCAAUGUGUAAUUGUAAUUGGUGAUCAACAUAAUUCCUAAUGGUCUGCAGCAAAGUGUAAUUUUGUUCGCAGAUAAUUCUGUGAUUUCAUGGAAUCCAUAAACGUUUCAGUACAUUUGUGAAAUAAAUGCCUGAGCCAAACAGCAAUUACAAGAUCUUACUGAAAAUUUCAGGGAUUUCCUGUAAUUGCUGGUUUCAGAGAUUUCCUGUAAUUGCUGGUUUCAGAGAUUUCCUGUAAUUGCUGGUUUCAGAGAUUUACUGUAAACUAGUGAAACUCCUCUAAACUGGACACACUCGGGACCAAGUAAAAAGUCCAGUUAUAAGAGGUAUCCAGUUAUAAGAGGUUCUCUUCUGUACAUAUAUUUAAAAAGGGGCUGCGAAAAACAUCCGGUUUUGAGUGAAUUCCAGUUUACAGAGGGUCCGGUUUUGAGAGGUUUCACUGUAUAUAGUAUGUGUACAUAUACUUUGUUUGAUUCAUGUAAGAAAAACUAACCGAUACACUAUAGCAAAUAAGAUUUAAUUUAAAAAAGCUGUUUGACAUAAUGCUGCAUAUUUUGAAAUGGGAGUCCAAAAUAUUUUUGUGUUUCAAAUGGCUAAUAACCUCAUUUGCCAUGAACAUAUGUUCUACUAGUGGAAAUAUGAUAUAAUACUUUCAUCUCUUGCAUUGUUUAAUAUAUUUUAUUUGCUAAUGUAUCCAGCUUUUUAUUUUGGGUGUAUAUAGAAAAUUGACAGUUUAAUUUUUGUCUCACUUUUAUGAAGUAAAAACAUGAGGUAUAGGUAUUACUUUUAUGGUGACGAUAACAAUAAUUUUUGCAUUAAACUCAAUGUUAAAAGUUUUGUGUUUAGCUGUAUUUCUACCAAACUAUAAGUCCUAGAAUAUUGAAACUUGGUGUAUAGUUGCAUAUAUGGAUUUUCAUCACAAUGCAGUGAAUUAAAAAAAAGUCCUUUAAUUAUACAUUCUAAUUGAUUUUCUUUAAAUUUAAUAUUUCUUGUUUAAUAUUUCUUUAACAUGCACUGAGAUGAACAUUUAUUGCCACAGAAUUUUAGUUUUUAGUAUUAUUAUUAUUAUUAUUGUGAGCUUGCAAUUGAUUGUGUAUUGUUUUUUUGGAGAAUCUGCUAAUUUAGCUAUGAUUUUUUUCUUUGAUUGAUUCUGAUUUUAAACAAAACAAAACGUGCCAAAUUAUUUAAUAAUUGUUUUCAGUUAAUGAUGAAGAAAACACUGCACAUCAUAGUGGAGAUAUGAAAAGCUGAAAACGUACCUGUAUACAAAAUAUAUCUAACAUUAAAUGGCUAGUCAACUUUUCUGGCCCUGUGCUUACAAACCUUAAAGUCUAGACUUUAAUAAAUAAAGUCCAGACUUUAACGUCAUGGCAACGCCAUUCAAAUAGCAUUACGUUAAAGUCUGGAUUUUAUUAAAGUCUAGACUUUUAAGUUUUAUUAGCACGGGCCCAGGUGAACAAAUGUUUAUUGAAGGAUGUAUUAACUGUGUGUUUUGCAUUUGUUAUAGACUAAAGUUUAUUAUGUAUUACCAUUUAGAAAGGUACAAAAUAUAUUUUUCUUGUACAUUGAUUUAUGUGAAAAAAAUAAAUGAUUGUAUUACAAACAUUGCAAUUUACAUCGAUUUACAAAUUUAAUGCUUGUUAUCCCUGAAGCAACUCAUAAGUGCUAAAUAUUAUGUUAUAGAUAGUAUGUCAUAAAUGUUAAUAAGUAUUUACCCGGUAAUAUAAUAUUACUACGGUAAGAAAGUGUUGUUUUGAUGUGAUAUACAAAUAUUUAAUAAAUUAAUUUGCUUA